AACUGGGAAGAGAUUCAGAUCGAAGAAGAAAGUGAAACGGGGGAAAAGGUAUCUUCAGAGAUUCGAAUCCCUGGAAUUCCAUCUUUGGCCCUUUCUGCUGUCCUUCAGGAUCUCUGUCUGUCCCUCAAGCGGGCCGGAAGCUUUGUCUUUCCCGAUGACAUCUGUGAGGAGAUGCGAAGAGAGACCCUGUUGGCUGUGCUAUCCCACUACAACCAACUCUUGGAGGAAACGCCAGAGGAUGCCAUCACACAGCCAAUGGCACUCCAGUUGCUCUUUGAUGUCCGAUUUGCCCUCCUCCUGCUCCAAUCUUCUGACAAGGUCACAACUUGA